AUGGGGCCUGAUCAACAUGCUCAGUUGGAUGGCUUUGGGCGGACCUUCCCAUUCCCCAUCCGGGUAGCUGCCCUUAUGGUGGCCGGUUUCUGGGGUUGGGCCAUAAUCUUGCAGUAUCUCGAAAGGACCGACAUUAAAAUUCACGAUCUGGUCGGAUAUCCUUCCUCCACGAAUCCACGACAUCACACCGCCGCCUACCGCCUCGCCGCCAUCUUCACCAUUCCCCUGGCCAUCUGGCAGAUCGCCUUCUGGAUCGCCACACACCGUGAAUUCAAGCUGGUCGAACACUUCGAUUUCAUUCCGCAAUCCGUCUUCGUCAUCCUUCUCAUCAUUCUCAUAUGGCCGUUCAAUAGAGCCGCCCGAUCAGGCCGCGUACGGUUCCUCCUGACUUUCAAGCGGGUUAUUUUUGGCGGUCUGGCCGAGAACGCAGAGGCCAAGUUCGGUGAUAUUCUGCUGGCAGAUGCCCUGACGAGCUAUGCCCGCGUACUUGCCGACCUAUACGUGUCCUUCUGCAUGUUCUUCACCGAUGGUUGGCACUCCACCAACAAGCCCAACCGGGCUUGCGGAAACGAAAUCGUCGUGCCGAUCAUUCUGGCCGUCCCGAGCGCCAUCCGACUGCGCCAAUGCUUAACCGAAUACUUCCGGGCUCGUCGAGCACCCUCACGGCGAGGGGCUCCCAGCAAGGCAAACCAGCAUUUGGCCAACGCCCUGAAAUAUGCCACUGCCUUCCCCGUGAUUUGGCUGGCGGCCAGGCUCCGCAAUUAUAGCCCUCUGACUUUCCAUGGCUACAGCGAGGUCUCUAUUAUGCGCCUCCUAUUCAUUGCCUCCUUCGUUAAUUCCAGCUACUCCUUCUGGUGGGAUGUGGUUAAGGAUUGGGACCUGACCCUUUUCUCCUCCGAACGCUGCGAUUCGAGCCACCCCUACGGCCUACGCUUCAACCGCUGCUUCCACUCCGAUCGCUUGUAUCACUUGGUGAUCUUCACUGACCUUGCCCUCCGAUUCUCCUGGCUGUGGCGCAUCCUCCCAGGACUAUCAUGGAUCACCGAGACGGAAUGCGGUUUAUUCAUCCUGAUGUUCCUCGAAGUAGCCCGUCGGUGGAUGUGGGUGUUCUUCCGAGUAGAGGCCGAGCACUUUCGGAACAAAUUCGGUCCCAAUUAUGAAGAGAUCCACCUUGGCGAAUCGAACGGCAAGAUCGACAAGGAUUGA